AUGCCAGUGGCAGCCUCUGUGAGACACUCUGCCUCCUCCUUGUCUUGUCUACAGAAAUACCAAGUGGUUACACAUGAGGCUGGCAGAGCACUUCCGACUCGGGCUCCCCAAAUGAAGGGCUCGAGGUGGGCACUAGUGGUGCCGGGACCUCCGUGUGUCAGGUUGGGGAUCAUGCUAGUGUUGGCGUUGAUUUUCCUGCCAACCUUGUACUGUGACCUGGGAUCUGUAUAUUACUCUUCUUAUGAAACAGUCAUCCCCAAGAGCCUGACAGUCAAGGGAAGGGAAGACCCAGUGGAAAAGGCAUCCUAUAUGCUCUUAAUGCAGGGCCAGAAAUGGAUGAUUCACCUGAAGGCGAAGAGAGACUGUUUUGUGAAGGACUUUCCAGUCUUCAGCUACCACGGUGGCGUCCUGGGGCAAGAAAUGCCUUUCAUCUCACAUGACUGUCACUAUGAAGGCUACAUAGAAGGAGUCCCGGGUUCUUUUGUUUCUCUCAACACCUGUUCAGGCCUCAGGGGCAUCCUGAUUAAGGAGGGGUCCCCACUAGCCUUGAAAAACCACAUCCUAUCAACAGCAGUAGCUGUGAAAACAGGCGGCCUAGCACCCAGUAUACUCACACCGCUUGACGAAGGAGGCCGUCUCGUUGGCCUCGCCAUCAAAUCAUUCCUUUUUGGACAGUGUCAUAAACAGAACUUGAGGAACGAAGCUUUGAAGAUGUUAAAAGAGCAUCGAGAGCGUAUUGACCCGUCCCCAGACCUAGCCACGGGCACCGAAGCUGAUGCUGUGGAAGGGAAGUCACGAGAGAAAGGCACACAGCUAUCUGAAGGAUUACGAGAGAUCAGAGAAGGCGGCGCCGAGGCUGUGUCUCAACCAGUCUCCUGUGGGGUCACUUCCAAAGGCAGACCAAGUGAAGCUUCUGCCAGCCUUGUGGCACAGGGGAGCGGGGAAGCCUCUACAGUUCCAGGCAUCGUCCUCCUUUUGCUCAACACCAAGUAUGUGGAGAGUUGUGUGGUCAACAACCAGCGGUUCCAAAUGUGGGGCAGUGACGUCAGUGGGAAUCCAGAGGGUCAUGGACAUCACCGCUCGGCCAACAGCUUCACAGGGGAGAUAAACAGAGGGGUAGCAACAGGUAGCUCUGAUUACUUCUACCAGUUCCUCCGGAACAAUAAAGCAAGCUGCCUAUUUACCAAGCUCGCCCCAAACGAUCGCCUUCAUGUGAGGAAUGCAGAGUGUGGAAAUGGUGUGUUGGAGGACAAUGAGGAGUGUGACUGUGGACCUGACUGUGGUAAUAACCGGUGCUGUGACCAAACAUGUAGGCUGAAGGAAAAUGCAAAGUGUAGUCCUGGACCCUGCUGUAAUGAAACAUGUGGAUUUGCAGAAAAGGGAUUCAUAUGUCGUCCUGCUCUUGGAGAGUGUGACCUUCCUGAAUAUUGUGAUGGUACAACUGCAAUAUGCCCCCACGACACAUACAAGCAAGAUGGUACAACUUGUGAAAGAGUUCACUAUUGUGUUCAGGGUGUGUGCAGGACCCCGGAUAUUCAAUGUCUACAUGUCUUUGGGUACCCUGCAAGGUCUGCCCCAGAAGACUGUUACAUUUCCAUGAACACCAAAGGAGACCGAUUUGGAAACUGUGGCUUUCCCACAUCACCUAGGUCAGAAUACAUUAAAUGUGAGGAUGAAAACAUAUAUUGUGGGAAAAUCAUAUGUACAAAUAUUAAACAUGUACCAGAAAUUAAACCUAAUCAAACAAUGAUUCAGGUCCCUCAUAAAGAUGAUUUCUGCUGGAGCAUGGAUGUCUAUGACAUUACUGAUAUCCCUGAUAAUGGAUAUGUGCACAUUGGCACUCUUUGUGCCCCAGAGAAAAUCUGUAUGAAUCGCUCCUGCACUGAUCAUGCUGUGCUCAACUACGACUGUGAACCGAAGCAAAUGUGUAAUGGGAGAGGAGUUUGCAACAAUUUAAAGCACUGCCAUUGUGAGGCUGGCUAUGCACCCCCCAACUGCAAAACUGCAGGAAAUGGGGGUAGUGUGGACAGUGGCUCUCCUAGUGCACCACACCCAGAUAUGGGCUUCAGCAACUGCAGCUUUGACAACUUCCACCAGCUGUUGUACAAGCACUGA